AUGUCGUGGGAUCCUGGGGACUUUCCGGUUUUAAGUUCCCUGCGGGCGAGGGCGCGGUCCCUUCGUACCAACAACUGCUGCGAUGGCGUUUUUAAGCGGGACGCAUCGCAGGACGAUGUCGCGGUGCCAGAGCCGUGCUGGGGCGCAGCGAUUCUCUGCGCCCGUGGGGAGGAGGAGCGCGCCGGGGCUGCGCGGGGCCGGCCGUGCGGGCCCGUCCCGGGCGGGGGCCGGGGCGAGCUCUGGGUGUGUGUGACCGGCGGAAGCAGUCGCUCCACGUCCGGGUCGGGUGGCGCUGGCGGGGCGAUGCCGCUGGUGGUGGUGUGCGGGCGGCCGGGCAGCGGCAAGAGCCGGCGGGAGCCGGACCCGAACUGCCGCUGGGACCGGCCGCUGUUCACGGUGCGCGGGGACGAGCCGCUGCCGCUGGGCGCCAUCCGCGCCGCGCUGUUCGAGAGCGCCCCGCCGCCGCCGCACCGCUCCACCCGCACGCAGCCGCUGCAGUCCUGCGGCUUCCUGCACCAGCUGGACCGCGUCACCCAGGACGUGCUGGCCGCCGUGCUGGCCGCGCAGAGGAGCGGGGCACAGCCCGGCGAGACCAUCCGCGUCCCCGGCGUGGCCGAGGGGCUGGUGCUGAGCCGGCCCGUGAGCGUGGCCGAGCUGAGCCGGCUGCGGAGGCAGUUCAUCAGCUACACGAAGAUGCAGCCCAGCGAUGAAAACCUGCCCCAGCUGGCCAGCAUGUUCCUGCAGUACCUGAGCCGCAGCAUCCAGUGAAGUGCCACCUGUGCCACCCAGCAGUGGCGGUGGUCCGGCCCCGAAGUACUUGCAGCGGGAAGAAUGUGCCUUCAGCACAGACCCUGCAGAGCCUGGGUCCCAGCCACCGGGGAUCACAUCACUUGGCAGCAGCAGCUCUGAGAAGAUGGGCCCAUGUCCCUGCAGCAGCCGAGCCAGCUGCAUUGCUGGGGAGAUCUCUCGGGAAGCAGUCCUCACCCCUUGCAUUCUCCCUGCUGCCCUCUUGCAAGAAGGAGAGCUACUGUGCAUCCCCAAGCAAGUGAGGUCUCCUGUGGAGACGCAAACCCCUGUAAUCAAAUAGCGUGACAUGAAAGUGCAAAAGGUGAUGACUGUAGGGAAAACUUUUCCCUCCACAUUGGCAGGUGUAUGCCUGGAACAAGAAGAUUGUUUUUCCAGAGCUGCCUCCAGAUAAUGUCAGACUGCAGAAGAGACUUCAGGUCCAGAGCUGGAACAGGCUGUGUUUUUAGGAUGUGACUGUUUCAAAGAAUCUAACUGAGCCCAAGAGAGAUUUUCAACUCUGCACUGCAAAAGGGUGCUGGCCUAACAAACUCAAACUUCUCUGUUUCAGGUCUGAUAAUAAAAUGUGUGCCUUAAAUGGAGUAAAGUCUUAAUUUACCUGCAGGACUAUUUUACUGAAAUAACUUGGCCAUGAACUUUUUUAUUCAAGGUCAUCAUUAUACACCCUUAAGAACACAAAUUGCUUGAGUGUUGUUAUAGGAAAAAUGAGCUAAAAUGACAGUGUCUGUUCUGUACUCGUAAAGUCUGUACUGGCUGUGUUGGGUAACUAAGUUUCCAUUAAUUUUGAGUACAGCUUAUAUAAAAUUCUCGCUUUCUGGUGGAUGCUUCAUUCUAAUAAAUGGUGGCUUCUGGUUUUAA